GGACGUGGCCAGCACCAGCAGCGACCACACCCCCUCUGCCAUCCAGCCGCCCCCCCCCGUGCCAGCCCAGGAAAGAGGGGCUCCUGGGCUCGGUCGGGCAGCCGACCAGUCCCCAGGCACUGCAGACCAACAUGCUCGAGGUCAUCAAGCCUUCAGCACCAGGAGAAACCCAUACACAGAAACCCACAGCCAUGGAGCGAAUUGCCAGAUGGAAGGAGGCAAAGAAGUUGGACGUUUACAAGUUAUCCAGAAAGGACAAAAACAUAGAGAUUUACAAUCUAAAGAUGUCUGUUAACAGGGAUGGAGUUUGUCGUACAUGUUGCUUUGGAAGCUCAUCACCUUUGGGAAAACACAAAAACAUAAUGCUUGUGGGAUCAACCGGCUCAGGGAAAACAACACUCAUCAAUGCGAUAAUCAACUAUAUCCUGGGUGUAAAACGAGAGGAUUCAGUCAGAUUUGAAUUGGUACCUAAGGAGUCCACUAAAUCACAGCAUCACAGUCAGACCUCUGAGAUUACAGCCUAUCAGAUCAGUCACUGCAAGGAUUUUGCAAUUGACUUUUCUUUAACUAUAAUAGAUACCCCUGGAUUUGGGGACACAAGAGGCAUUGAGAAAGAUAAAGAAAUUGUUGACAUGGUGAGACAAUUAUUUUGUGCUACAAAUGGCAUUAGUAGCAUUGAUGCUGUGGGAUUUGUGGUCCAGUCCGCUUUGCCACGACUCUCUGCAACUCAGAAGUACAUUUUUGAUUCGAUUCUUUCCAUUUUUGGAAAAGACAUGGAACACAACAUUGUUCUUCUUGCUACCUUUGCUGAUGGGAAGGUUCCACAGGUGUUACAAGCUAUUCAAGAAGCAAACGUUCCAUGUGCCCGAAACAAAAAUGGCAUUCCUAUUUGCCUCAAAUUCAACAACUCAGCCUUGUUUGCUGCUAAUGAGGCAGGAACAGAUGAUGAGGAUGAAGAGGGACAUUUCGAUGAAAUGUUCUGGAAAAUGGGCACUGCCAGCAUACAAAAGUUGUUUUCCCAGUUAGAUUGUUUGGAACCCCGAAGCCUGCAGCUGACCAAGGAGGUAUUGGAAGAGCGCAAGAAACUGGAAACGACUGUGGAAGGACUGCAACCAAUUAUCCAAGUGGGGCUAGUAAAUCUGGACGAGUUAAAAAAGACACAGCAGGCAUUAGAGAACCACUGGGAUCAUGCUGAGAAAAACAAAGACUUUGACUAUGAGGUGGACACCCUCAAUGUAGAAAAAAUUGCACUCAAAACUGGAAUCCACACCACAACAUGCAUAAAUUGCAACUUCACUUGCCAUGACGACUGUAGUUAUGGCAAUGAUAGUGACAAAAAUAUGUGCUGUGCAAUGAAGAAUGGCUAUUGCACUAACUGCCCAGGAAAAUGCCAAUGGAGCGAUCAUUCCAAUUUUCCAUACAAGAUCGUCUACAGCACAAUCAAAGAGAAAAAAACUUAUCAAGAUCUGAAGGACAAGUAUGAAAAGGCAUGCGGUGAAACUGUGACAGCAGCUCAAAUUUUUCAACAACUGGAAGACGAGUACAGACAUACACAAACAACUGUGUUAGAUGACAUACAGAAAUUAUCAGAAAUUCAGAAACGCCUUGGUGAAAUUGCCCUUCGACCAAACCCGUUGUCUGCCCCUGACUACAUCGAUCUGAUGAUUGAGUCUGAGAAACAAGAAUGCAAGCCGGGAUUCCUGGAGCGAAUUCAGGAAUUACAGAGAUGCCGGGAAGGAGCAUUGUUGCUUAAGAAGGUAUCUAAUAAUGAGGAACUCCUCCCUGAUGAACAGAAUAAUUUAAAGCAAUGGACAAUUGCAACAUUUCCCAAAAUGUCAGGUGUUCUCAGCACAUGGGGUAAACGUGUCAGAGAUGUCUUCACAAAUCAGAAGCAGAAAAACUGAACAUCUAGAAAAAGUAAACAAAUAUUUACGGUUACCUUAAGUAUAAAUUCCCGAAGUAUGUUUUUCUUCUCCAUUAAAGGCAGGGUAGGCAAGUUGCGCGAAGCUAGCUAUUUUUACUUCUUUUCGACACGAUUCAAACCAAAUAAUCCCACCUCCUCCCUUCAAAGCCACAAAACUACAGUAGCAAGCAUUGAGUGCACGGGCAAAGUUCUCACAGGUAGGUACACAGACAAGUAUCCCGUCCUAUUAAUAGUCAGGGUACCUCUUAAUUAUUGGUCGUGUUUAUUACAGUAUUGCGACGCCCACAGAUGUUGGAAUGAUUUCAUAUUACUGUCAAACCUUUUGAUAUAUUGGUUGCUAUCAAGACGUAAAGUUACUUUCGGCAAAUAUGACAAAAUUAUUGGUGGGCAUAGAUUAUAAUUUUUUAUCUAAAUGAAUCUCACUGUAAUCUUGGCGCUAAUAUAGAUUAAAAUGGUUCAAUUGAAUUCCGCCAAAGGCAUUCAAAAUGUGUGUGCUACCCAAAUAAUGACUAAAAUACGUCUUUGAGAAUGGGUUUCUCAAGCCAGGUGGUGCAUUAGACCAG